AUGACUACCAGUCAAGCAUUUGAUUCAACGACAACGACACCUCGUCUCAGCAUGGAGCACCGCGAGCCUCUAAACGAGCCCUAUGUGGCUGCCGAUGCCACUACCAAGGAGACAUCCCAAGCACCCCUAGAGGAAAACGACCACGACCACGACACCGAUGUCGAGAGCGCACAGAACCAACCACUACCCGAGAAACCCACCGAGAAAGAUCCCAAUCUCGUGGAAUGGGAUGGCCCCGACGACCCCGAGAACCCUCAGAACUUCUCCCGUCGACGCAAGUGGAUCAUCACCGUGGUCAUGUCCUCGAUGACCAUGUGGAUCACAUUUGCAAGCAGUGUCUUCUCAACAGCCACCGUGGUGACCGCAAAGGAAUUCAACGUCUCCACCGAAGUGAUGACUCUAGGAACGAGUUUGACCGUCUUCGGUUUCGCCUUAGGCCCUCUCUUCUGGGCGCCAGUCAGCGAGCUCUACGGACGCCGUCUCCCACUCUUCUCAGGCUAUGCCAUCUUCGCCAUCUUCCAGAUCCCCGUCGCCGUAGCGCAGAACCUCCAAUCAAUCAUGAUCUUCCGCUUCCUCAUCGGCGUCUUCGGCUGUUCCCCCCUCGCCGUCGUCGGCGGUGCAAUGGCUGAUAUCUGGGACCCUGUCGACCGCGCCGUCGCCAUCGCAAUCUUCUCCUCAGCAACUUUCCUAGGACCCGUCCUCGGCCCCAUCAUCGGCGGUUUCAUCACAGACUCCUACCUAGGCUGGCGCUGGACCGCCUGGAUCACACUCAUCACAUCCUCCUCCUUCGGCCUGCUCGCCCUCAUCGUCGUACCGGAAACCUACGCCCCCAAACUCCUCCAACAACGAGCAGCCCGUCUCCGCCGCGAAACAAAGAACUGGGCUCUCCACUCCUUCCUAGACGAACACGAGCCCACGCUCGCCGAAAUCGGCCAGAAGUACCUCCUCCGCCCAAUCCAGAUGCUCAUCAUGGAACCAAUCCUCAUCUGCAUGACCAUCUACCUCGCCCUCGUCUACGGGAUCCUCUACCUCUUCUUCGAAGCCUACCCAAUCUCCUUCAACGAAGUCCGCGGCUGGAAGAGCCUCGGCGUCGCAGCCCUUCCCUUCAUCGGAAUCAUGAUCGGUGUCCUCUGCGGCGCGGGCCUUAUCAUUUACACAACCAAGACCCGUUUCGCACGUAAACUGGCCAAGCAUGGCAAGGUCGUUCCGGAGGAACGUCUCGUGCCGAUGAUGGUCGCUUCGGUCUUGUUGCCUAUCGGCCUGUUCUGGUUUGGUUGGACCUCCGACCCGAACAUCCACUGGGCACCGCAGGUUAUCGCCGGUAUCCCUAUUGGAUUGGGUAUUCUGGUGAUUUUCAUGCAGGGUCUCAACUACAUUAUUGAUGUGUAUAUGAUGUUUGCCAAUUCGGCUAUUGCGGCGAAUACGCUUAUUCGUUCCGCGCUGGGUGGUGCGUUCCCGCUCUUUGCGACGCAGAUGUAUACCAACCUUGGUGUGGAUUGGGCAUCGAGUGUGUUGGGUUUCAUUACUAUUGCGAUGAUUCCCAUUCCUAUUCUGUUCUUCUUCUAUGGCGCUAAGAUUCGCGCUAUGAGUCGAUUCACUCCCAAGUUCUAA